CAGCUCCUGCUUCCUACUCUCUCUCUCUCUCUCAAUCAUUUCUUUCUCUCUCUUCAUAACCCCAAUAUUCCUCCAAUUCUUCCUCCCCCACUUCACUCCUCUCCCUUCGUCGGCGGGCUCCCCCUCCUCCUUUCUCCCCUAUUUCUUAUUAUUUCCCUCUUUUUGGGCCCCCUUUUCUUAUUUCUUUUUUUAUUUUUUCAUUAUAUUUUCAAAUUUUACACUCCUUCAUCUUUCCCCCAUGUCGGCGACAGACGGAGCAACCAACGGCGGCGUUGGCGGCGCUUUAAUCGAACACCCUCACUCUCUCUCCUCCCAACACCAACAACAACACCAGCAACCCCAGCAACAACAACAACAACAACAACGGCAGAAUAAUUCGACAACAACCGCCACAACAGCGCUAGCAGUUAAGAAAGCGCCUGCCAAAGAUAGGCACAGUAAAGUUGACGGCAGAGGUAGAAGGAUAAGGAUGCCUAUUAUUUGCGCCGCACGUGUGUUCCAGCUCACACGUGAGUUGGGUCACAAGUCCGACGGUCAAACCAUCGAGUGGCUUCUCCGACAAGCGGAGCCGUCGAUAAUUGCUGCAACCGGUACAGGCACAACACCCGCCUCGUUCUCGACUUCUUCUCCUCACUCUUUGGCUUCGCACCAUCAUCUUCGCACUGCGGGGCUUUCCGCUUCUGUGGACAAUAAAACGUCGCCGUCUCCGUCUCCGACACCGUUUUUACUAGGGAAGCGCCUCAGGACUACCGCCGAGGAAAACGAGGCUCAAAACGGCGUCGUUGAUAAGGAAGAUGUUGUUACAACGGCUUCACUUGGGCCGACUGCUGGGUAUUGGGCUAUUCCGGCCCGGCCCGAUUUCUGGAGCUUUGCUGCUGGGCCUGAGAUGGUUGUGGGCCCGGGUGGUUCUCUUGGGCAACAAGCGGCGGCUGCGGCUGCGAUGGCGGGGAGAUUUCUUACUCAUACGCAGCAGCACCAGCACCAGCAGCAGCAUGUUACGCUUGGAGAAGCUUCUAGAGUUGGGAAUUACUUGCCGAUUGCUCAGGGACAUCAUCUUAAUCUUCUCGCUUCGUUGUCGGGAGCUCCGGCUUCUGGUGCUGGUGGGUCUUCCGGUGGUCGGAGAGAUGAUGAUCCUCGUUAAUUUGUGGAUGAAUUGGGAGAUUGUAUUGUAAGUAAACCAAAAAAAAAAUUGUGCAUUUGCUGUUUAAUUUUGUGUGUUGAGAAGAGCAGGGAAUUUUUAGUGAAUUUUGUUUAAAAUUAGGGUUUAUGUUUAUUAUCGAGUGUGACUGUGUGUUUUCUUUCUCGAAGGGGAGGAAAGAAGAACAAAUUAGGAAGUUUGCUGUUUGAUUGAUUAAAUUCAAUUUUAGGGUUUUGAUUUUUAGGGUUUAGGAAUCUCUUUCCCUUUUUUAGGGUUCCUUGUUUUUUUGCUCUGCUGCUGCUGUUCUGUUCAAAUUGGAAGGGGGAGGAGAGAGAUUGAGGAUGAAGAAAGACUGGGUGGUGAAUUGAAAUUCAAUGUAAUUUGUCAGCAGAGUUUUUGAAUUUGUUCAAAUGAAAAACUAAAAAUUAAUGGGAAAAACCUAUGGGAAGGUUUUUUUCCUGUGAAUGUCAAGUUGCAAUCUAUUUGUAAUUCUAUCUUCCUUGAUCAAUUGCAUAAAUCCUUAGCAACCCUUUUCGUUUCGCCUCAGUUCAGUUGAAUUUAUGGUGUGGAACUCGUUGUGCUUAUCGCCAUUGGUGUGGCGAAUGCCCGAGUUUCUCAGCUGUAGUAGCUCUAGCAGCAUGUUUGGGGACUGUUGUGUGGUUAAUAUGUAAAUUUUCUUCUGUUUUUGAGCUACUUAGUGAAGUAUUAGAGAUUGAUUAGAUGAUAGCCUUGUGCUCUGCUGUUGUGCAUGCAUGCAUUGAGUUGUGGUGGACUUAUGCUGUGGAUGUUCUUCGCUCUCAAUCUGCGUCGCCGUGAUACUAGGCUGCUGAAUUUACCUUGUUCAGUGAUUAAUCUGUUAUGUUCUUGUUAGCCUAUUUCAUUUUGUGCAAUCAAAUUAGCUUGUAGCUAAAUUAUGUAUGUAUCUCUUGUAUGUAAUUGUCUGUAAAUUGUAACUUGAUUGCUUAGCUUUAAUUUAUUUUGGUGUGAAAGUAAUAAAGGAACCCAUCUUUUGCUGUUCCA